AUGGCUAUCCUCUCUGAUCAUCAAGAAGAUCAGGACAGUAACAAGAACCGAGAUAUUCAGCAAACUACAGCCAUGGAAGAAGAAGAGAAAAGGACCAAACUUGGUCCAAAUAAAGGCAAUGGUGUUGACAUGGAGAAUUAUUCAUGGACACAGAACCUCCAAGAGGUUAGCAUACAUGUCCCAGUCCCUCAAGGAGCAGGUUCAAAGCUUGUUCUCUGUGACAUAAAGAAGAACUAUGUGAAAGUUAGACUAAAGAGUCAGCCUCUAGUGAUUGAUCGGGAGCUGUUUCAGUCUGUGAAGGUUGAUGAUAGUUUUUGGUCUCUUGAAGAUAAAACCACGAUCACUCUGCCCCUGACUAAGAACAAUGGAAGUGAUUGGUGGAAGUCAUUGUUAAAGGGAGGACCUGAUAUUGACACACAGAAGGCUGAACCAGAAGCAAGCAAACUGUCUGAUUUGGACUCGGAAACAAGGGCUUCUGUAGAAAAGAUGAUGUUUGAACAAAGACAGAAACAGCUGGGACUUCCUACAAGUGAGGAGAUUGAGAAACAAAAAUUGUUGAAGCAAUUCAUGGCACAACAUCCAGACACGAACUUCUCACAGGGAAAGAUUAUGUUAUACGUUGCUGCAAAGAUUUCGAAGAAGACAGGAAUCCAUCAAAGUUGGCUGAACCAGAAGCAAGCAAACUGUCUUGCCUUUACUGAUGCGGGAGCAUCCACGCAUCCGCCUCCAAUAUUUUUCCUCGUGAGGGAUUUCGAGUUUCCUAGGGACGUGGCCGCAUGUUUCCUAUUUAAAUGGACCAAAGUCCAACAACGAAAGAGGAAAACUAUCCAGAAAGCUCAAUCUGGUUGGAAGGGAACGAAAUCGUCAGACAAAACAGAACCGUCCAACAACGAAAGAGGAAAACUAUCCAGAAAGCUCAAUCUGGCUGGAAGGGAACGAAAUCGUCAGACAAAACAGCUGGUGCAGACAUCGAGCAACGUAGAAAAAACCAACAAAAAACGAUGUCGCUGGUUGAUCCAAACAGUUGCAGGAAGAAAUGAUGUCCUAGGGACCCAGCAACCACUGCAAAAAAUAAAAACCAAUUCCAGCCGCAAGCCAACCGAACUCACAACUGGAACCGCAAGCAAACUGUCUGAUUUGGAUUCGGAAACAAGGGCUGCUGUAGAAAAGAUGAUGUUUGAUCAAAGACAGAAAGAGCUGGGACUUCCUUCAACCAUUGCCACAAUGCUUUGGUGCUCUCACUGCACCGGAUAUGGCCAACCUUUAUGCCAAGAUGAUUUCUUGUCAUGUUCUGGGUGUGGUAAGGUUCUUAGCAUGUUGAAUUGGCAGAGAAGAUUCAAGACAAGAAAUUCAAGAAUUAAAAGAACCAAAAGAAGAAGAAGGACCAUACAAGAAACUGAUGACGAAUCAUGCGUAACUGGAGAAUCAUCUGGAAAUAUCGAUGAUGGUUUGUCGGAUAAAGCUGAAAUGCCAAAGUGA